GUAUACACGGACGCCGGAAACCGAAUUCACUUUUGGACGCUGUGCUUUCCCCACUUUCUAGGAGCUUUUCUAGGUCUUUUCUGUCCAUUCUCCUGCUAGCCUUUGUCUGCCUGUGCUCCGUUGCCUAGCGGGUUUUAUUCUCCGCUUGUAUUCUUUAGAAGACAUCUGAAGGCAGCCCUGUAUCGGGAAGUUUUUAACGCUUGGUGUUUGACGAUGUUUAUAUAUAUAAGCCGCUCAGAGUGGCUGGGGAAACCCAGCCAGAUGGGCAGGGUAUAAAUAAUAAAAUUGUUGUUGUUAUGUUGAAACGCUUGGGCUGAAAUGCACUGAGCCGGUGCGGGGUCCUGGUGACCGUGUUAGAUCAGGACUUGGGAGGUCUCGGGCAUGUCCCCGUCUCUCUCGCAGGGGUUUUGUGAGGAUAAAGCAGCCCCCGUGGAGCAUGGAGAUUGCGUCCAGCGCUUUGAGCCCUUUGGAGGAAAGGCAAUGAGAGACAAAGUGAAAUGAAGUAAAACAGGCGUUGCAGCCAUCAAGAGCCAGGGGAGACGCGGGAGACACGGCUUCAACGCUCCCGCUCAGCCCUAGAAGUCAGAGGCUGCCCUUAGGCUAAUCGCUGCCUCUCGGCUUGUAGGGCUACCUCGCAGGGUGGUUGUGAGAAUAAAAUGUGGGAGGAGAGCCGUGAGCUUCCUGGGCGAAAGAGGGCGCAGAAAUCUAAUUACAGAUCAGUAACAAAAGCCCCCAUCCCGCGGCUUCUGUGGUCAGUUUACGCUUAGGGCCCGGGCGGGAGGUGGGGUACCAUUAAAAAAAAGCGUCCUCAGGAGCCCUGAAGCGCCAUUUCCUGGCUAAUCGAGCGCGACUCUUCAAUUUUCUUAUCUCUAGAACGACGUGGGGCCAAAAUGGCGGCGUUGGCGGCCGGUUCAGGCCUGAGAGGAGGGAGCGAUGGCAGCGGCUCCGGACCUUCUGUUUCCUCAUCCUCCUCGCUAUCCAUGGAGCAAAUCCGGGCGCUCACUGACCUGCCGGAGCUGGAGGCCGCCUACAGCCGCCUGUGCGGGGAGGAGGUGCGGCUUCGAUUAUAUUCUCUCCCUCCCCUCCCAGCCCCCGUCACUUCGGAUCUAGGCUGCCUCGGUAUCCCUUCGGACCUCGCUCCUGUCGAGGGUGCCCCCCCCGCGCUAAAUUAGAGGGCAUUAGUGUCGCCCCCGUGGACACUAAAUUAGAGGGCAUUAAAAGAGUAUUGGGCAAAUUCGUGGAGGAAGAGGAGGUUUGCAGUGGCUAUUAUCCAGGAUGGCUAUGUGUUGCUUCCAUGGUCAGAGGCAGCGAUGCUUCUGAAUACGUAGUGGCUUCUGGAAUUGCAAAGGGGAGAGUUGCUGUCGCACCCAUAUCCUGUUUGUGGGUUUCCCUUUGGGGCAUCUGGUUGGCCAUGGUGAGGAAAGGAUGCUGGACUCUGUGGGCUGCCUUUGGCCUGAGCCAUCAAACCCCUCUUAGGUUCUCCUUCCUUCAAGAUGGGAGACCAGCUUUCACCAACCUGUUGCCCACCAGAUGCGAUCAAAUGAUGUCGGGGCUGCAUAGUUGGCAAAGGGUGGGUUAAAUAGAUGCUCAUGACUCUCCCUCACAAAACUUAAAACAAGGUAGAAUGAUGAAAACCUAAAAUGUCAUAUCAUAGGGCCACAAAUAUUCCACAGGUAAAAUUCCUGGGUGCAUCUGAGCAAGUGUCUGUUUCGGUUUCUGGAUAGAUGUGGUAACAACCAUCAGUACUCUAGUCCCAAACCUUUUGUGGCCUGGGACACAUUUGGCAAUCUAAUAAAGUGUUGUGGGCACUGCAAAGACCCAAAAACUAGUGAUACACAUAAUAUCUCAUCCUAAGUAAACUACAGGGAAAACACUAUCAUAAGCAAGUCAAAGGGGAGGCAACCUCCCCCCAAACAAGCAAAAGAGGUAUCAGCAAACCUACCAAAACAAACAGCCAAAAGGUAUGCAACCUCAAACGCAGGCAAUCCAAACACCCCCACAAAGAAGGCAAAACAGUCCCACUAAGCCUGCUGCCACCACCACCCACUCAAAUACAGGCAAAACAUUCCAACCCACUCAACAUAAAAGCCAGUAAAAGUAACAUAUAUAUAAAAACAGCCAGGAACACACCAAUAUCACUUUAAAGGUAGUAGUAACAGGAUCCUGCCUUUUUCUUUCCUGAAAAGGCGGCAAGACAAAGAAAGGCAUGAGCCUCCAGCUCCCCCACCUUCCUUUCCAAAGAGGAAUUUCUCUGGGCCAAGAAAGGGAAGAGGGUACGGCACAUGAAUGCCUGCAGUUUGCUUGGCAGAACCACACAGUGUUAAGCAUGCAUGGGCAGGUGCAGUUGUCCUCAGAGUGCACCACAGGGAGUGGCCGUGGGCGUUAUGUUGGGGACCCCAAAUCCAGCAUAAUGUGGAUUGUGCCAUAUGAUUGGGUAGAAUCAGAGCUAGUGAUGUGCAACAAAUAUUGGUCAUGUGUGCAAAGGUCCUGAACCCAAGGAGACAAAAGAGCCUUGAUGGAUCAUUCCAGGGCAGUAUCUGCCUCUGGAAGCCCAGGAGGAGGAUAUGAUAGUGAUGAAUAUCCCAUUUAUCUAGUAAUGGACUCCAUUGUUGUUUGAGAGGAAGCAUACCCUCUUUCAUGGAAAGGAUAAACUGAUGCAGAAUAGAGCAUGUGAUGUACCCAACCCCUAUUAGCAACCUUUUGCUUGGAUCUCUGAUCUGAUGUCGCAUUGAGUUCUUAAGUCAUGCCGUUACCAUUGAUCUUGAAAGGGACAUGCUGCAAAUUGGGCAUUGAUUAUGCCUGCAGCAUUAUAUUUCUGUUUUUCAGAAAGCCGUGGAAGAAGAGUUGGAGAUGCUUCUGGAACAGCAGAGCUCCAUGGAGAGCAAGAUGGCUACCCUUCAUCGCAUGGGGUGAGUAGCAGUCGUAGUAUGGUAUGUGCAGUGCUGCAUCGUUGCCGGAACAAAUAGAGCCAGAUGAAGGUCAGGCCGAUUGUCAUUACCCUUGUGGAUGCUGUUUUUCCCAAAAUAGACAUCCUACUUUCCCUUGUUUCUUUGUUUUCAGUCCUAACCUGCAGCUCAUUGAAGGCGAUGCGAAGCAGCUAGCUGGAAUGAUCACUUUCACCUGCAAUCUGGCUGAGAAUGUCAGCAGCAAAGUCCGACAGCUCGACCUUGCCAAGGUAACUAGAUAAAGCCAUACUGAGCUUUGAGUCCAAUUGGGUUGUCAUGACAUGGCUGUGUGUGAUUGUCGACAUUUAAGGAGGAAUUUUUCUUUCCCUCCCCCAUCACUGGUCCUUUCAUACCUGUACAGUAAUAAUAAUAUUGUGGGAGUAUUGUUUUGGUUUUCUUUUUUUUAAAUGAUAUUUAUUAGAUUUUUUUUUAAAGUUACAAAAGAAAACAAAGUAAUAAAAGAACAAAGAAAGAACAAAGAAAAACACAAACCACAUCCAACAAUACAAAUUCAAAAAGAAAAAAAGAAACAAAAAUACACCGCAAACAUUUAAAAACAAAUCCAUUAUUCUCAAAUCCUCAACUGUCAUUACCUUCUUUCUUUGACCUCCUCCUCCUCCCUUUUUUUGUAUCCUAGUUGUUAAUUGUUGCAGCAAAUCCUUUCCAUAUUUCAUAAAAUUCUGUCAUUACAUUACCUUAAGCUAUUUUAAUCUUCUCUUACUAUAAACCUUGAAACUUAAAACUUAAAUCUUAUUUUUACCAACUUCUCAUAACCAUAAUAUUCUUACAUAAUUCUUUAAACAUUUUUACUAAAGCCAAGUAAUUUCAUUCCAACAUUUUCCUAACAUCCAUCAAUUUUAUAAAACAAUCCUAGUAGUAGAAAAAGAAAUAAAAACAAUCCAAUCUUCAUCCAGCGUCCCUUCCUCCUGGUCCCGGGUUUUGUCAGUCCUUAUUAUCCCAUCGAUUUAGUGCAUUAACCUGGUAACCUUAUAUCCGAGGCCCUUAAGUCUCUUCCAUGUCCCUUCCGCAGCUCUUCUUUAUAUUUGUAACUGUAUUUUCCCUUCUCUCCUGCUCGUUUCACUCGUGGGAACUCCAACUUAACAAUAUUUUUGACCCUUCUCAACAGAUCAGCCCCUUUUCCAUAAUCCACACUAAAUUCCAUGUGGUAUUUAAGAACAUAUUUCAAAAUCCCUCCAAAAUUAGGAGCCCCCGCAAUCCCAGACAUCUCACGGCCCAUUGCCAGACUUGAAAAGUCCAAACAUCCCUGCAUAGGGGGGUCUAUCCAGCCCCCCAUUUCCAAACCAAACCAAACUUUUUCUUUCCAAAUCUGGCUUUUUCCAAGUUCAUUUGUCAAAUCCAAAGCUCAUGUUCCUGUUGGGCCUGUUCUGUCAAGGCACACUCCUGAUUUAAUUCCUGGGUGGGCUCCACAUAUUUUCCCACUGCCUGUUCAAAAUUUCCCACUGCCUGUUCAAAAUUUCUAAUCGAAUCAGCCAUCAAAUUCGUCUUCUCAUGUAGCUGUUCCAGUAGGGCAUUUGUUUUAUAGAAAGCACACAACAGAGCUUCUGAAUACAUUGUCCUGCAAGGUCAGAUGUCUAUUCCCACGAUUGUAAUCUGUAACAGCUGCCAGCUCCCCGGAGUUGGUUACAGUUUCACAGUCUCCCUCUGGGGGAAAACUUCUAUUUGUUCUUUCUUUUAAAGACAAGUCUAGCAACAAAAGUUUCCUUUUUCAGAUAUUUUGUCAAUAUUUGUUCCUUUAAGAAGCGAAGGGGAACAAUGGAGUCAAAGUUUCUCUUCUUAUAGCUAUCUGUCAAAAACGUUGUCUCUGGUCAAUGAGCUUCAAACGUCAGUCCUGACACCCCGCUCCAGGAUCAGGGCGGUGGAAAGUUACUUUACUUUAAACUCACUUCUGCAGGUUUAAACAGUCCGAAAAAGAUCCCCCUUCUUCUCCUGCUUCCGAAGGGGGGUUCAACAAUUUUAAAAUGAUGAAAGUUAAUCUUUUAGAAGCUAUUUUCUGAGCUCUAGUUUACGUUGUCUUUGCUUUAUUCUGUCUACAAAGAAACGGAAGGCUGACUUCCUGUUUAGACCUUCCCGUUUCAGUGCCAAAUUGAAGUAAAUUUUUAAGUCCAAUUCCUUUCUGCUCGCAAGUCCUUAUUUAAAGUCCAAUUGUCCGAAAUUUAAGUACUCACGGGUGAUUAUUUUAGAAACCAAAUUGUCCCAGGAAAAAGGCAGCGCUCUCCGGCAACGGCUAUGCGGCUUCGCUCCACGGAAAAAGCAGUUGACUCUCAGCACCGCGCCACUUCCCCCUCUUCGCUUCGGAGCCCGUUAGUGGGUUCCUUUGCGGGUUGGGGGGGCGCUAAGGGUGCCCGCUGAGUCCCAUGGUCACAGGCUUCAUCCGCCUGUGAUUUUUAAAAGGGUUCCCGCUUCGCCGUAGCGGAAAAGACCCGUUUCGCGCGGAGCUAGUCCCUCCAGAUCAGAGGGAGUCCGCCAUUGCCGAUGGCGCCACCCCGGAAGUUAUUGUUUUGGUUUGUUAUCAUGGUAUGUAUUUUUGUGUUUUUAUAUUGUGAACCACCGCGUGAUCUUCAUAAGUAGGGCAGUAUAGAAAUUAAAUAAAAGAUAAGAAUACAAGGCUGUCCCAUUUUACUCAUCUGUUUUUGAGAUGUGGUCUUUAUUUGAGUUGUCAAGGGUUGCAGAAAUGUUUCAGACGCACUUGUUUCAAAUACGACUGUUCCCACACAUUCUCCAUUUACAUGGGCAUAUCCCUUCAUAUGCAUAAUCAAGAGACAUGUUGGGAUCUUUUAACCUGGAGUUAAAGUGGGCUAUGAUCACAGAAAGGGGAAAGAGCGAAGAGACAACAGGCCAAGGUCUAAGGUAUUCAAAUAUAUUAGUUACCACAGGGAUAGGCAAGGAAAGGGUGCAUUGUAGGCAUGCUGGGACAAAAAUGUCAUUGCUUGGCAUCUGAAAACUGUUAGGAAGGGAGCCCAUCUCAUCUCCCAGGGCAUGGAAUGCCUCACAUACAGUGCCAUGACAAUGGUUGUCCCCCACAUUCCCACCAGGCACCCUUUCGGUGCUGGGAGCAGAGCCUCCCCUGUAUAGAUGGGCAGGAUCCUUGUGGGAAGAGAUGGUCUGCCUCCAAGCUGUUUAGGACUUUAGAAGAAGUCAUUGGAAACCAUGACAUCUGAUAUAGCAAUAGCAAGCUGCAAAAAAGCUUGCCACAGUCAAAACUUCAGCUUAAGUUUCCAAAUGUUUUUCAAAGACAUCCUGAUGCAGCAUGUGCUGCUUUGGCCCAGCCUUGAUGAGACGAAUGUGUGUGAUCAUGGCCAGGCUAGUUGCAUCCUGGAGAACUCUUCCCUGCUGUGCUGGAUCUUGGGGGCCCUGCUUAUCGUAUCUUGAAUGCAUGCUCACAGAGCAGCAAUCUGGCUGGUGGGAUUGGCGCGGAGCACCCAUAGCUGGGAAAUCAUCAUAUGUAGCUUCCUCAGCUGUUGUGGUCUCCAUUAGCCUCUUCUGCUCCUGCCUUGCCAAUUUUGGAGGGGAAUUAAUUGGGGCCCUUCUUGGCAGAAUCGCCUCUAUCAAGCCAUCCAGAGAGCAGAUGACAUUCUGGACUUGAAGUUCUGCAUGGAUGGAGUCCAGACAGCCCUGAGGAAUGAAGAUUAUGAACAGGCUGCUGCGCAUAUUCAUCGCUACCUUUCUUUGGACAAAUCUGUCAUUGAGCUCAGCAGGCAGGGCCGGGAAGGUAUUCAUUAUGUUUAUUGGUUUAUUUAAUUGUAUCUAAUAUCCCACCCUACACUGUAAAAACAAUAUUUGGGGUGGAUUCCAAUAUAUUAACAAUAGCCAAAGAGGCACCUGAUUGUUGUGAAGUACAUUAAGUGUCAUUUGGUUUUACAGAAUACACCCAGAGUCAUCUUUCAAUUCUGUGUUUCUGUGAUGAUUUCUGUUGUUACUAGUAAAAAUGAACAAAAGCCAACUUCGUCACUACGAACAAAUGCUGCCUAAACUUCUACUACUUUCAUUCCACUUUUUUUAUUUCACAUAUUUAUAACACCCUAGCGGUUCACACAAGGGUCUCAGGGCAGGGCAUGACGCAUGUUUUAAAAACACAAUAAACAGUAUAUAAAUACAGAACCAUCAUAAAUCCUAAUUAAAAGUAAGAUUAAAUGUCAACAGGGAUGAAAUAAAAAGAUAACCAGCAGAAGCAAAUCACGGUGCCCUUCCAAGGUCUGAACAAAAAGGAGCAUUUUUUAAAGUGAUAAUAUUGAUGUGUGACCCACCUCUGAGGGGAGGUCCUUCCUUAAGUAUGGAGCCAUUUCAGAGAAAUGAUAUUGAGACUCUCCUUUCUUGGCAGGCAACAUAAUUGAGGCCAACUUGAAGCUUCUGCAGGAGGCAGAGCAGCGCCUGAAGGUGAUUGUGACUGAGAAAUUUGACAUUGCCACAAAACAGGAAGACCUGCCCCAAGUGGAGCGCUUUUUCAAGAUAUUUCCUCUGCUGGGCUUGCAUGAAGAAGGACUAAGUAAAUUCUCCGAGUACCUGUGCAAACAGGUAAGUGUAGCUUGAGAGCUGCUGCUCAUUUGCAACUGAGAUGCAUUCUGAGCUUCUUGGGGUUGAGCCAUUGCUCCUGUUCUAGUGGGUCAGUCAUAUAGAAACUGGGACUUUUUAGUUUAGAAAAAAGAUGGGUAAGGAUGGAACACAGUAGAUGUGUGCACAGUUACAAGCAGCCUCAUAUCCAUCACGUAACACAUAAUUCAACUAUGGAACUAUCUGCAACAGGUUAAAGUGAUGGCCACCAGCUUGGACUGCUGUAAAGAUUUGAUUGAUUGAUUGAUUGAUUGAUUGAUUGAUUAACAAAAUAUUAAUUUUUAAAAAAGGCUCCUCGCAAGGAUUGUCCUUGCAUGAGUUUUGACUGAGGCUGUGGGAUAACAUAGGCUAAAAGUCUCCAUUCUUUUCAGGUUGCAAAUAAAGCGGAGGAGAACCUGCAGUUGGUGAUGAAGACAGACAUGAGUGACCGUAGAGCUGCAGCUAUCUUUGCAGACACUCUGACCCUACUUUUUGAAGGUAACCCCCUGCCACCAUUGAGAAUACCUCAUUGAGAAUAUCUGCCUUAUGCUAAGUCAAACUAUUGGUCCAUCUAAUUCAGUACUGCCUAUACUGACCGCCAAGGACUUUUCAUGAUUUCAGUUGGGGCGUGUUCCCAGAGCUACUAGGAGAUGCCAUUAAGGACUGACUCUGGAUGCAUCUGCAUGCCCAGCAGAUGCUCUACCACUGAGCUGUGGCCCUUCCCCAUAUUACUAGAAACAGGAUGCUGUUUUGACAGCAUUGCACAAGCAGUGAAGUGUUGAAGGAAAGUCUUGGGCUUCUGUUUGGAAUGAUCCUUUUGUCCUCACAGGAUGGGGUGGCAGCUUUUUCUGGAGCACUGUACAACAGUCUCAUAUCACCUGUUUUUUCUUCUUCUAGGGAUUGCCCGUAUUGUGGAGACCCACCAGCCCAUUGUGGAGACCUACUAUGGACCAGGCAGGCUUUAUACACUGAUUAAGCACCUACAGACAGAAUGUGAUCGACAGGUGGAAAAGGUUGUGGACAAGUUUAUCCAGCAGAGAUCCUAUCACAGACAGGUGAGAGACUUGCCAGUGUGGCCUGAGGAAGACAUGGAGGAACCCACUUUGAGCCAGUUCCAUGAGGCUUCUCUUGAGUUUGCUGGUGCAAGAGAGCCCUUUAUGUGGCUUGUAACAAUGGGGACAGCACAUGCAGACCUCACAUUGUGGGCUGCUGCUGGGGUCACCUGUGUUUUCUUACUGGUGGUGGCAUGCCAGUGCAGAAGGCUAGUCUCUUGGCUGGUUAGGGAACACAAAUGCUCUAAUUACUAGUGGCCCCAGUGACUCUCACCCACACACCCCGUCCUGCCUGCUGUAUACCUUCAAUCCCUGUUGGUUCAAUUUUUACAACAUCCCAGUGGUGGCUGUCACUGUUUCGGUCCCAUCUGCAAAAUGGGGCAGAAUCGGGGCAGAGUGUGGCCAUCCAGUGCACCCAGACCGAUGUGCCUAAAGGGUCUUGAGGUUCCACACAGAAAAGUGCCCCCAAAUGUCUGCAGCUCUCUGCAGACACAGCCCACACCCUCCCCUUCCCUCUCACUCAAGGCAUGUCAGAAGGUGAGUGACUUUUCCUGUGGUCCCUAAGUUAUUAACUCUGCAAUGUGCCAUGUAAACCAAUGGGUAACAAUGCUACCCGUUGCCUUCCAACUCUCCUGUGUGUCAGUUUAGCUGGCUUGUCCAAGGCCACCCAAUGAGCUUCAGGGCCUAGCAAAUUAAAUGAGCUUGCUCGCUGUUUCUGUUUCUCUCUCUCUCUCUCUCUCUCUCUCUCUCUCUCUGUACUGAGUCAUGCUCUAAGGCUUGGUGGUGAUUUCUCUGUAGACUCCUGUUUUCCAACAUAGCAAAUACUUCUGGGGUUUGCUUAUUAGUGUGUUUUUUCUUUUCUUUUUAAUGCUUCUUUCAAAAGCUUCUGCAGCAUCCUUCUGUUUCUGAUCUCUCUGUAACCCCUAUGUAAAUUCCCCUUGGGUGUGGAAUGAAGAGGUCAUCCUUAGCUCUCCUUCCCUCUACCUGUUGCCUUAUUACUGCUCCAGCGGGAGGAGACUGGUAAUUUAGGAGUCAAGCAGAAAAGAGGUUUCUAACAGCUCUCUACUUCUUACGCUUGCAGUUUCAGCAUGUUCAGAACAGCAUGAUGAGGAGUUCAGUUGCGGAAAAGAUUGAGCCAAGGUAAACUGGCCAAAAUCUCCCCCUCUUUCCUUCCUGCUUUUCAGCCACAACUCUUUUCAUUGUGGGAAAUUGUGGUUUGACCUGGCACUUAAAUGUCCAAGGGUAUCCUGGAAAGGACCAGGCCCAGUCUUACGAAACUAGUGUGUUCUCCCUCUGUGAUGCCAUCCAGUGUGCUCUCCUUUGUCACCACCCAAUGGGCCAGGCAUCUGUCCACUAGGAGGCAGGGGCUCUUUCAUAGAUUAGGGGGGGUCACCUGCUUUCUCCCCUGGCCUGUCUCACAAUGGAAGACUGCACGAGAUGGAAUUGUGUUGUACAGUAUUUGUGUGUUUGAUGGAACCAUUUGCAUCAGAGAGUGAUCAUAUAAGCUGCAAAUUGGAAUGGAAAAGGGGGAAGAGUGGAUUAGAAUAGGUAAGAAUGUAAAGUGGUGAGGAUGAGCAGGCCAGGGACUUAUGAGGUGACUUACACCCUGGAGCAAAUGAUUAUGACAACUACCACUUGGUUGCUAAUGCUUUCUCAGGAAGGUACUCAAGAGGGUUGUGGCAGUUGCUGGCUCUGUUGAAGACUGGCCAUUAACUGGACCCAGUUCCAAUCUAGGUUCAGGCCUGGCUGGUAUUACAUUUCUCUGCUUGAGUUGUUCAAUUAGCUGGGUGAAUUUAUAGGAUUGAAGGCAAUUUGCAGCAGCCAGAGGUUUGCAUCUCUCUCUGGAAAGGAAGAGUGUGUGUGUGUGUGUGUGUGUGUGUGUGUGUGCAUGCACCAGUUUAAAACCCACUCUCCAGAGCUACUGUGGCAAGUUUUACCUACCUUAUGAGUUUGUCUCUGGUCAUUGCUAAGCUCAAGUUUUAGCCACCCAGCUGAUGACUACACUGAGGUGUCUAGGGAUUCUCGUUCCUGCCAAACCCAAAUGCACAGUUAAUAACAAAUUUCCUUGCAGGAACAGCAAGGCCUCCCCUUAAGCUUGUUCCUCUGCUAUGAGGAACAGGUUUUCACAGCACUGGUAAACAAAAACCACAAAUCAUUGGCAUGACAGGAAAUGGCAAAGCCGGCCUUAUGGUCCCAGAAUGGCUCAUGGCACUACAUUUCUACAUCUGCAAACAUUUGUUUGUUGACUGGAAGCAUUGUUUCACAUGUGGCAAUUUCAGGAUUCCAACAUGAGCUUGCUGGCUGUCCAGAGCUGUCUUAGGACUUUGUUCUACCACCUCAUCUUGUUGUGAAAUGCCUGCUUUCUCAGUGGUUCUGCUAUUGACUGUCACUUUUCUUCUCACAGGGAACUUGACCCCAUUUUAACAGAGGUUACCUUGAUGAAUGCACGGAGUGAGCUGUAUCUGAGAUUCAUUAGAAGGCGCAUCAUCUCCGACUUUGAGGUGGGAGAUUCCAUGGCUUCAGAGGAUGUGAAGCAAGGUGAAAACUUAAGUGCUCCUUGCACAAAACCAAAUCUGAGAUGCUCUUUAACUUGUGGCUGGUUUGGCUUACCAGAUGAACUUGUGUAAUGGGCAAGAUUUCACAACAGAAAUAAUAAGUUAACAAAUUAUGCUGCAUUACUAACUCCACUUACUGGGAGUAAGCCCCAUUGAAUUCAGUUGGACUUGCUUCUGAGUAGGUAUGGUUAGGAUUGCACUAUUAGGAUUCCUUGGCCAUGCUUUGUGGGCUCUGGAUCAGGCAGGAUUUCCAAAGAUUCAUGUGCCAAUGUGGGUAGGGUUGGGAUGGAAGUGGGCAGAGUAACAAUGACUCUCACCUUUGUACAUCUGGCUGAAUUCCAGCCAUGCAACAAACAGUGCAAGAUGUCUCCAGGCACACACUCAGACAUAUCUGUCCCAAGCCUCCAUCCAGGCAGGCAAGAGGCAUUAACAUUUUAGGAAGGUACAGAGCAGGACUAAGGAAUUGCUCACCCCACCCCCUCACCUCUGCAACUUCAGUCCUGCCAAGAAGGUUGUGUUCCCUUGGGCUGUGGUUACCAAGGAGGGUGUGGAAAUGGCUUACAAGCUGCUUGGUGUUGAUAUUGGGAAAGAGUCAGAGCUUGCAGUCCAUAGCUCCUACUCCUGCCUCAGGAUCUAAGGAAGCCUUCCAAAAACCUGCAGCCUAAUUCAUUCUGAGUGCAUUUUUCCCCCUGCCCCAAGUCUUGUGUGAGCAUCAUUCCACUGUUCUUGUUUUCCUCCUAAAUAGGCUGUUGAUUGCAAUACAAAGUGGGUGACUUACCAGGGAUGGGGAAUGUUGUGUGCAGGAAAUUGCAGUUGCUCAGAAGGAGCUGGACUGGUGUCCUGUUACUGCAGCCCAUGGCCUGCUUCUCUGCUUGUACUCCACAGAGCAUCAGAAGUGCCUGGACAAGCUGCUGAACAACUGCUUACUGAGCUGCGCCAUGCAGGAGCUGAUUGGCUAUUAUAUUACCAUGGAGGAGUAUUUCAUGAGGGAGACUGUCAACAAGGUAGGGGAAGCUGCCCUCCUUUUCAGGAUGGGGGGAUAUUGAGUUGAAUCUUAGGGUACUGAGUGCAUCAUAGUGGAUUGAGGCCCUUCUGAUUGACUGAGCUCUGAAAAUUCCUGUGGGGUGUAAUGUUGGGGAUUUCUGAAUUGCCUAUAGUGUGAGCACCAGAAAGGACUGUUACGGUUUUGAGACCCCUUUGAAAUUCUCUUCAUAAAUUAAAAAAUAUCCUCUAUUCUUCAGGCACAGCAAAUUCUGGAAGGCCCAUGUCUGGAGGGCGCACCUGCCUGCCAGAACAGUUCAUGAUCAGCUGGCUUUGCAGGUUGUGAAGAGUCUUGUUGGCCCUCCUUAUUUACUUGUCUUACUCUAAGUGACUUACUAAAGGUUGAACGACAUAACAUAUAAGGCAAUACAUUUCAGUAAAACCUUUCCACUAACCUAUAAUCAAGUCCAGCAGAAAAACCAAAAACAUCAGCAAGAAGAGCAUGCAAUCAAAUAGGUGUCAUACUAGGUCAUAUCCCUGGUAGAAGAGACAAGUUUUAACCUGGCACCUGAAGGAUGUUGUUGACCGUGCCAGACAGACCUCACUGGGGACAGCCUUCCACAGACUGGGAACCAGAGCUGAAAAGCCAUGCUCUCCCUUGUUCCUUCUCUCUGAAUCUCCCUCAAAGAGUGCACCCAGAGAAUGGCUCAGAUGAAGAUCAAUGACUCCAGCGAGGUCCUGAAUCAUAUAGGUGAAAACGGGCACUUUGAAUUAGGCCGGGAGACAUGCAGGUAGCCAGUGCAGCUGCACCAAUGUAGGUGUUCUGUGGAAGUCAUUGAUAUGUGUUGAUUUCUUUGUCAGGCUGUUGCUAUGGACACAUGUGAGAAGGGUCAGCUGACCUCCAGUAUGGUGGAUGAUGUCUUCUAUAUUGUGAAGAAGUGCAUUGGGCGGGCUCUUUCCAGCUCCAGCAUUGACUGUCUCUGUGCUAUGAUCAAUCACUCCAUCACGGAGCUGGAGUCAGAUUUCAGGUGUGUGGUGUGAAGCUUUUUGGCCCUCCUAGACUGCGGUGGUCCAGGCAGUUCACCUAAUAUAGCACUUACGGUUACAGAUUUUCAGCACAUAGGUUUUUGGCCUCCUUGGUCUCCACCAGAUGGCGCCAUGAGGUGCAGGUUCCUACCUGCCUUGUAGGUAUCUGCUCCAAGAUUCCUAAGCUUUUGUCUCCCCCUUUGAAAGGGUAGUCAACUUCCAGCCUCUUUUUUGUGAAAGGCUUCAAGAGGAUCAGCAGAGAGGAGCAGGCUAGCUUCUUCUUUGAGCAGAGAGUGAAAUUCUGAAUUUGACACAGGGGUCACAUCAUGUCUAGUUCCACAAUGGCAAAUGUUACAUGCAAAAUUCCUUGGCUUCUUCAUACUGCAGCCUUCCAGAUUCCUGGCCAUUAUUGCGCACAAGAAGGGCUGUGACUUUAGGGGCACUUCAUUGGCAUGCAGUGAAUAUUCCUGGGCAAGAGAGCAGAAUAUUUAUUAUCUAAGCCCUCUUGAGAACUGUGUAUGUCACUUCCAUGUGCUGAUGAGCAGCUUAAAUAGAAGCUGGUUCUAAAUAAAGGUGGUGAGUAGGAGGGUGGCAGGCAACGAUUGGAAGAAUUGGGAGGAAGGAAAUCCUUGGAGUUCACUGCCUUUGUCGCCUUUGCCCAGCGUGGUAUGACAGUGACUUGGAAGCGGUCAGAUCUCACAGGACAUCUUGGCAACUGCCAUCUCCUCUCUUGCCCUUUCCAGGGAGGUCUUGUGCAACAAACUCAAGAUGGGUUUCCCAGCCACCACAUUCCAGGACUUCCAGAGAGGUGUGACCAGCGCAGUGAGCAUCAUGCACAGCAGCCUUCAGCAGGGCAAGUUUGACACCAAAGGCAUUGAAAGUACAGAUGAGGCCAAGCAGUCCUUUCUGGUGGGUGUGCAGCUUUAAACACCUGAAAUACAGGUGGGAGACAUAGGGAAGGAAUAGGAGCAAGCAUUGUGAUCUUUUCUAUGAACUGCCCUGAGACCUCUGUGUAUAGGGCGGUAUAUAAAUUCUAUUAUUAUUAAUAAUAAUAAUAAUAAUAAUUAAGCAUUAGCCAGGAUCUGGAAGAUUAAGCUAUGGUGUCAGAGCAGUGCAACUGGGUGAGAAAGGAUGGAUGUCACCAAGUAGAAGUCAGUGUGAUGGGCUCCAAGAAUGAAUGUCAAGUAUAAUAAGGUUUUGUAUUUGCAAUGAAGAGAGUUGUACUUACAUCCAGGUGAAUAGGAUGGAGAGGGAGUGGUGAGGUCGGUCACAGUGUUCUGUAUUCUCUGUCCAGAGGGAGGGAGAGAGGCAGCCAACCAAACAAACAGGUGGGUUGUCUUAACCCACUAGCCAAGCAAGCAGUGGCAAGUCUCAAGAGAGCAUCUGGCUAUGUCCUUCUUCGUGCCCAAUCCUAAUUGUGCCCACAGCAAGGAUCUUCCCAGGAGUAGCAAAUUUCACAAGAUUCUGAUCCCCCUUUCCUCUCUGACUCCUCCCAUUCUUUAGGUGACAUUAAACAAUGUGGAGAUCUGCAGUGAAAACAUCAUGACACUAAAGAAGACCCUGGAGGUACUGUCAGCAGACCUUCCACCACUGAUUACCAAGAAAGGUCUUUAGGGCAUCUUUCUCUUAUCUGUUGUUAGCGUUGUUAGUCUGCACUCUUUGCUCUUGGGAGGCUGCCUGUUGGCCUGACUCAAAUCUGCAGUUGGGAGCUUUUAUCUAGAUUGAUUCAUUUUCUUAAACUUUUUAACUGGCUCAUCCCAGCUGUUUAGGGUGGUAAACACACUUAAAUCAGACUAAUAAAACUUCUCAAUAAGAUGUCUGUUAAAAUAAGCUACUGGGUUUAAACUGCCCACUGCCUGCUUAGCCCUAGCUGUGAUGGUUUGCAUGGUGUGAAGAGGUAGAGGCUGUCAGUGAAGUCCUCUCCCACCUCAGCUCUUGCCUUUUUCCUUCGCCCUUUAAAAUGUUACCCUUUGCAUACUGUGUUGAGCCCACAAAACAGGGGGUUGUGGCAGCGUGUCUUCCCACCUAUUUCUAAGGCCAGCCCCCUCCCCCAAUUGUUUUCUUCCUGAGGGUUAGUGAGCAGAGGAUUCUUCUGUGUUUAUUUACACUAAUGUAUGAGCCCACUGUUUCCUGCUUGCCAGUCUAGCUUCAAAGGCCAUUUCUUUAACUUCUCUAACUAUGUUCUCUCUCACAAUCACCAGUCAUAUUUCUCCUUUGCUCCUGGUAACAAACAAGGCUCUUCCUGUGCCUCAGGUUCUUUUGUGCUUUCACACAGAGUGACUGUGCCAAGCUGCUUAGCCAGGGGUUUGGGGGUGAACAAGCACAACCCAAGAUUGACAGCUGUCUUUCAGACAUGGCUGCCAUGUCCAACAAGUUUCGAGAUCUGUUGCAGGUAAGCUUUCCAAUGUUUGAACAUGGCCUCUUAGCUCCGUUCAGCAGACAAAUCCCAAGGACUGUCUUACAAAAUUGCCUAGUGAUGGUUUGCUCAGCAGGCUGCCUCUGAUUUCCAGAAAUCAACAAGCCUGGGCCCUGCAUGAGGCAUUCAGCCUCUGAGGCAUGAGAACCUUCACUGUAAAGGGAGAGACAUCUUUUUGGCUGAUGCUUAAAGUGGAAUCCAGAACAGGGGCUAUGAUGUUGCAGAGUGGGAAGCCUUUUGAGGGACUGCCUGAGGCAGCACCUACCUAGAGCAAUAUAAGACCAGGCCAGUACCUGACAGGUUGCUGUGACACCCCUUCCCAUCCUUAAGCACCUGUGUCUUGUCUCUGGGGCUUCCCAGGACUUUGCCACUUCAAAUUGCAGGUGGCCAUGCUGUGGCUCCAUGGUUGGGAGGCAACCCCUUCAUCCACUGCAGGAGUCACUCAGACUCAGGCAUAUAUACCUGUGGCCAUAAGCCUGCUACCCAGUGUUAUCACACUCCUUGGUUGCUGCAACUGCAAGCAAUCUCCCUCUGUCUUUUGGAGGCAGAGGAGUCCCGUGUUCCAUUUGCACCUUUGUCAGGAGCUGCUCUCCUGAGCAAAGUUGGUACACAUAGGCCAGCAAUGACUAAGAACAGCUCUCUGGUACCUGGUUUUUUAAAUAUGUUAGUAGAUUGACAGAGGUUUUCUCUUUUUCUCCACCUGCUUCCCCACAGGAAGGGUUGAAUGAGCUCACUAACUCAGCUAUCAAGCCACAGGUGAAACCUUGGAUCAACCUCUUCCUGUCAGUCUCCCAUAACAUUGAAGAGGUGAGUCCUACUGCCUGCUCAUUUGAACUGCUCAGAUGGUACAGAGAAGGGGCUGUUGGAACGAACUCCUCCUACUUUCCACCAGAGAAAUACAACCAAAACUGUAAGCUAGAGAAUGGCUGGGCUAAAACCGACUGGUACAGCUCUCUUUUAUGCUGCUGUUAGUUUUAAGUACUCUUGUGGGUUUUAAAGAAAAUAACCUUCAAUGUUAUUUUUACUAUAUCUUGCACCAUCUCAAGCACUUGGAGAGCGGCAGGAUACGUAUUUUAAAAAUCCAUCCUCAGGGGGUGUUUCCUCAAGCCUUCAGGCCUGCGGAAGCAACACCCUCUUAAAAGGAAGUGAAGAAUUGCAUGUGACACUGCAGGGAAACCUGCCAGGUGCUGAUUAAGAUGCUUUGGUUAAAAAUGCCAGGGCAGUUGAAGGGGAUCCUGUGAGCCCUUCUAGCUACAAAGAGGUUGGAAGGAUAAAUGCCCACCUGAGAUUCGGGGGUUUGAAGAUCUUACUGCCCUUUUCACAUUUGAAUAUAUAUCUUACAAUAUUGCUUGAACACCUAUUUGGGCAUAUGGAUAGCUUGCAUUAAUGUAUAUGUUUAAAUUAAAUUCGAUAGGUUAUUCUUAUCCUUUUUGAUGGAUUAUUCUUGUUAACUGAAACUAAUAUGGGUUUCCCUCCUUUUUUUUCUUUGGUAAAUUGGGCGGGGGGGGGGAAAGCUUUUAAAAAAUUCAUGGGCUUGUGCUGGAAUGAUGGGAGGCCCAAUCUGUAUCCUUUUCCCAUUGUAGGAAGAGUUCAAUGACUAUGAGGCCAACGACCCCUGGGUCCAGCAAUUCAUCCUCAAUCUGGAGCAGCAGAUGGCAGAGUUCAAGGUGUGUUUGGGGCCGUGAGCAGGUGUUAUGUACUCUUUUGUAACCCAGCUUGCCUGUGGCCCUGACGAUACAUCACAAGCAAGUGGAUGUACCACCACAGAGGGGGCCAUUAGUGCCCUCAACUCUUCCCUCUCACUUGUUUUCCAGUAACAUUGCCCUGUGAGAUGCAGCCCUUGUUUUCUGUCUGUAGGCAGGAUUGUCACCGGUGAUCUACGACAGCCUGACCAGCCUGAUGACCACCCUCAUUGCUGUUGAACUGGAGAAGGUUGUUCUCAAGUCUACUUUCAGUAGGGUAAGGAGAGACCUUAAGCAGGAAGGGCCAAAGAGCAAGCAGGCCGACUGCUCCCUUCUUGCCACUCCUCAGGAUUCUUGUCCCGUUGCUCUUCUCUCGUUGGAGCUGGGUUUCUCACAGUGAAAGGCAGCAGCUUCAGUCUGAGAAGCUGAAUCUUGUAAGCAAAGCAAAUGCUGACAAGAGACAUGGCAAUGUGAAUCUAAACUAUUGCAGAUUCCUGGAGAGAAGAUUGCAUCUGCUUUGCUUCUCUUCUGGUCCUGCUGCUGUGGACUAAGCCAUGGUUUGAGGUAUAUUCUAUGGCUUCACCUUCAAAAUAGCCCACAGCAGCAGAAUCAAAAGAAGAGCAAAGCAGCUGCCCCCUUCUUUCUGGGACCCUGCCCAUUUAUGCUGCACCAAGCCAUGCCUCAUCUGGGCUUUAUCAGUGUUGUUUAUUUUCACUUUGGUUUGGCUUUAUUACCUGAGACCGAAUGUUCUCCAUCACCCUGUAGCACACCUUUCAGUGUGGCAGCCCCUAACCUCUUGCUCUCCUUUGGCUUCUUCAGCUGGGUGGGCUGCAGUUUGACAAAGAGCUGCGCUCCCUAAUUGCCUACCUCACCACAGUGACCACCUGGACCAUCCGUGACAAGUUUGCCCGGCUCUCCCAGAUGGCAACCAUCCUCAACUUGGAAAGGGUGAGCAGGCUUUUGCUCUCUUUGGGAACUGGGAGUGGGGAGGGAGCAGGAAGCAAUGACAAGAUAUAUAUGUUCCAGGGUGGGCUCUGACCCAUUUGUUCCACUCACCACAACCCACCAGCUCUCCUUGGAUUUGCUAUGCUCUGAGUCAGGAACAGAGUAAUUGUUAUUAAUGUUCCCAGCUGGCAACAAGACAGUGCAGUAGAGAGCAAGUCACAGGCCUUGCUUUCUCACUCUAGCAGCAUCCCAUCCACUCAGGACUGUGGAGAGCACAGGCAUAUGAAAGCUACUGCUACUUCUUCCACCUGGCUUUAUAGAAAGGGUCCAAGAUGCCUGGCCAGGCUCCCAGCGUUCAAAACAGGCUGCUUUGAACAAGUGCAGAAUGUCUCUCCCCUCCCCCACUGGGUAAAGGGCAAUCAGCAGCAGGAGAGCAAGGCAGGCAGAGCAGAUGCACAGACAGGAGCAGAGGGCUGGAUGGCUGACUUGACUUGACUUGCUUAGUCUCACCUUUAGAAGUUCAGAAAACUGAUGACUAGAGCAAAUAUAGCAUAGACUAAAAAUAGUAUGCCUCAGUCUCUUCUGUUCAGGUGCUGGUGUUGAGCCUUGCAGCUGGAAUUCUCCGACGUCAUACGCUGGCUAGAGAGGAGAGCACUUGUGGGCCCAUGUUGGGUACAUGCUUCUCUUCCUCCACAUAGAGCUUAGCAUCCAACCCAGCAACAUAUCAGUCCCACUGCUGAGGACAGGCACAGCUAUUGUGUUCCAAGCUGCCCAACUGCUUUUUGGAUGGACUGUCACUCUGUUCUUCUGCCUGGUGAAUCACUUUGCUUUCCCUCUUCCGUUCAGGUAGCAGAGAUUUUGGAUUACUGGGGGCCAAACUCAGGCCCACUGACAUGGCGCUUAACCCCCGCUGAGGUCCGUCAAGUGCUGGCCCUCCGGAUGGAUUUUCGCAGUGAAGACAUCAAGCGGCUUCGCCUCUAGCUGUCUUUGCAACAACCUACUCCUGCUAGUGGAGAUCACUGGUGCCCUCUCCUAAGAAGGCCUUGCUAUGUUCUUAAGACUGGAGGGAAAUGCAAGUCCCUUUCCCAGUGGGAUCUCUGAAGCUGAAAGAACAACCACCUCAGUAUACGUUGGGUAAACUUCAAAACCUUAGUUCCUUCUUCAGAGAUUUCCCUCUUGUUUUUCUGCAGGUUGGUACAGCUCGCCUGUUUCUACAUCUUUAUCAUAAUGCACUAACAUUUCUACACAAAUUCAAGUUAAAUAGCAACUGAAAUUGCCAAGCAAUUAUUGUAAAUUUUAGUUAGCAAGUGGGGCUAAGACCACAGAUCAGCUAAGUCAUAGGAACAAAAUGGUGCUUUGGGGAAUGUAGACAUUGUCUUCUAUGCCAGUAGAUUCUGCAUUCUGUCCUUGGUGUCUCCAGUGAAAAGGCUCUUUAGAAGCAGAGACAGUUAAGAUGCCUGACUAUGACCCUGGAUAGCUGCCUCCAGUCAGAGUCAACAGUGCUGAGCUCCACCAAUCAAUGGUCUGAAUUCAUUUAAGAUCCCUUAAUGUGUUCAUCAUAUGCUGUGCGGAGGGUGGGUUGAUUUAAAUAAAGGAGAUUUACAUCAGCAAGGAAAUAAAAAAGUUUUUCAUUGAUUACUUCACGUAAUUUCCUGAAGAAUGCUGCAGAUCUGACUGCCAGGCCCUACUAAUUCACAACUAAGUAUUGUUUUUCACUUGGGUGAGGCAGCUGCUGUUUUCACCCCAUCUGCAGUGAAGGAGUGCAUGAAUCUUCCAAAGAAAUACUAAACCAAAUUCAGCCACUGAGUCAUUCGUCCAUAGAUCCUGCACAGCUGUAGGAUGUGGGCAGGAAACCCUGCAGUGCCUAUGGUUCCCAAUCCUCCUCCAGAAGCUGUAUUUGGAACCCAGCUGUGUCCACCUCCACAGUGUGGAUGCUGAAAUUCCCCAGGCCCUGAAAGGAAGGCAUGCAGGGGGAGUGAAAUCUUCACUACAAAAUACUUAAGUCAGAAUAUUUUGUUCUGCAGCCUGGUGGAACUUCAACACUACAGGGGGGUCAACUCCAACUCCUGACCUGACAUCAGGACUAUAUGCCCUGGAAGGUCACAGGCCAAUGCAGAGGCCACUCUUCUCUUUGGCCAGGAGGCUACAUUCUAGCUCUGAAAAAUUAGGUUUCUACUCACAGCCACAUGUCUCCAUCUGACCAAGCAAAGAGGCAUCAUCACAACUGAACAGCCCAGCCAAAGCACUCAAAGAUUAUGCCAAGCAGUGUUGGUGAGAAGUGCAGCCUUGGCAAGGGGUGUGGCCUAACCCUGGCUAGAAUCUCAAGGGCCUGUUAGAGAGGCCUGGAGGGCCAAACUCAGCUACCAAGUGUGAAGCUCCCCCUCCCUGCAACUACAUGGUACCCACCCACCACUGAAUUUCCCCUCUCCGAAUUUCCUUGGGAGAGGGUGUGCUCCUGGACCCCAAACCUGCAAAAUGUGCCCUGCUGAAAUUUCUGCAGGGAGACACCAAUUGAUAGGCACUUGGGAGCUGGCUCCACUCACCUCUGUUUCCAUCAAGAUCCUUUGCAAGGCUUCUUGGUUCCUGGGCUCUUUAGUUAAGACAUAGAGAAAGCCACCUCCUCCAGCGCCAGCCAUGCUCUGCCCAUAAACAUGAGGCUGGAGCACCUCCAUCAUGCGCCGGACAGCCAAAGGCUCACACCCAGGGGCCAUAUUCUUCUUCUGCAGCCAGUAAUGAUUCAUACACUUGCCCAAGAGAGCCAGGUUGCCUGGGGUGAGAAGGAGGAGUUACAGGACACUCUGGCAUUGAACGAUUAGCCCAUUUUAGAGCAAAGUUGCUAGGUCUCCUUUCCCUGUCAGAUACAGCCAGACAGUGCUCCUGGCUCCAAUCACAUGGUGUGCAUGUCAGCCUUCUUUCUUCUGGGGAAAUCUGACACCUGGGCUGCCUACCACAGAAGUGGGAAGAUAGUAGCUCUGGCUGCUCUUCCCUGCUGCUUCUCUGCUGCUUUCAAUCUAGCAAGAAGAGUGCUACAAGAUCCAGCUAGAUAGAAUUGCUUUCCCCAAACCAGUGAGUGCUGGCUGGGGCUGAUGGGGCUUGCCCUCCAGAUGUUUUGGGCUACAGCAAUUUGGGGAAGGCUAAAGUCCAUGAUGGGGAUGCGGGUAGCGCUGUGGUUUAAACCACGGAGCCUAGGACUUGCCGAUCGGAAGAUCGGCGGUUCGAAUCCCCGCGACGGGGUGAGCUCCCAUUGUUCGGUCCCAGCUCCUGUCAACCUAGCAGUUCAAAAGCACUGCAAAGUGCAAGUAGAUAAAUAGGGACUGCUCCCCGGCGGGAAGGUAAACGGCGUUUCCGUGUGCUGCUCUGGCUCGCCAGAAGCGGCUUAGUCACACUAGCCACGUGACCCGGAAGCUGUAUGCCGGCUCCUUUGGCCAAUAAAGCGAGAUGAGUGCGCAACCCCAGAGUCAGUCACGACUGGACCUGAUGGUCAGGGGUACCUUUACCUUUACCUUUAAAGUCCAUGAUGACAUCUUAAAAGAUGCCCCCUCCUACUCCCAUUGGUUGUUGCCUGGGGUAGUUGCUCUGAAGCACACAUACGCACACAACUAUCCUAGUAGCUCCUGCAAAAUGAGAGCCUGUUCAACAUAGGAGAUGGUUUCUGCGCAAGGUGUUUUGAGCAGAGGCACUGUAGCCUCUGCCCUGGGUAAUGAGCUGUACAGAUGCCCAAGGAACAAACUGCAGUACCUUGCCGAAGGGCCUGGGCACACUCCUCUGCAUUGUUCACCAGUGCGCUGGCAUUCUGCACAAUGGUGGGUAGCCGGGCAUACCAGUUCCUUAGAACAUCCUGAAAGAAAAGGAAGCAAUUAAAAAUUGCCUCCGUUUCUGAUGCUCAAGAGUGCUUAGAGAAAGAAAGGCUUAGCAAAUGCCUCCUCUACAACCACCCUCCUGCACCUUGGGGAAAGUGCCAGUGUAAAAAUACUCUUUUUAACAUUGUGUUUUAAUUGAGAGCCAUCCUGGUGUCAUUGGUUAGAACGCUGGACUAGAACCUGGGAGACCAGGGUUCAAAUCCCCACAUGACCAUGAAACUCACUGAGUGACCUUGGAGGCCAGUCAGUGCCUCAGUCUAACCUACUUCACAGGGUUGUUAAUGGAGAUUAAAUUGAGGAGGGAGAGAACCCUGUAGGCCACCUCAAGCUCCUUGGAGGAAAAGGUGGGAUAUAAUUGAAAUAAAUAAUAAAAUAAAUUGCAUUUUACAUGACCCUAGGACCUUAGGGUGAAGGGGGGUUAAUAAAACAAUAAGAAAACUAUUAAUAAGAAUACAUGCAACCCUACCAGGUGAGUCAUCCUACCUGUGUAGACCAAAACUCAAGGGUGAAAUGCAUCAUGCCAACAGCACAGGGAGAAAGGUACACCUGUUGUAGGACAGGUACAACUCUCUGCUCUAAGGUACGUCAGAGCUGUGGACCUCAGGCCACAACUGGCACCUCCAAGCACCUUCCGUACCUGGAGCAGGUUGCGGGCCAGGCGGGUCUUGCCCGUGUACAGCAGGAGCAGGUGCUCAUUCAGGGUGUGUAUGAAGCCCUCCGGGACGGUGAUUUGCUCCACUUCUACCUUCAGUGGCAGCUGAGGCUUUGAACGCCCAAUCUUGAGGCCUGGCACCAGCCCACCCACUUGGUCCUGCCACCCUCCACCUGCAAGGAACAAGAACAAGUGUUGAGGAAGAGAUCCUGCUUGUUUACCAGUUGCCAGGUGAAUCCCUUGUGGGAGGCAGGAGGGGUCUCUGAUCCAAUGGAGAGAAGACUUAUCUAUAGUUGGGAACCCUCUUCCUUUCUGAAGCAGUAAAAUUGCUGAUGUGGGAAAGGACAAAAGGACCCUGCUUUGGUUUAAUCCGGUUUCAAUUAUUACACCAUGUUUUUAUAGUUUAAAAAUGUAUAAUCAGACAUGAUAAAGCAUGGGAUAGAAUUCACAUUAU